CCAACCCGGCCAAGCCCAUCCCUGGCGAAGGAAGGCCCUCUGCAGAGGCGGUGGCUUGGUCAGUCCUCCUUCCCUCUCUGCCAGGCGUCGCUCGGGGCUGCUCCUCCACGUCCUCCUCCUCCUCCUCCUCCUCGGUACAAACCGGAUCCAGACCACCGCACCAAGAUGCCGUCCCAGUUAGAACACGCCAUGGAAACAGUCAUGCUGACGUUUCAUAAAUUUGCAGGAGACAAAAACUACCUAACUAAAGAAGACCUGCGGCAACUGAUGGAGAAGGAGGUCCCGGGCUAUAUGGAGAACCGGAAAGACCCCAUGGCCAUCGACCGUAUCAUGAAGAACUUGGAAGAGUGUCGGGACGGAAAAAUCACCUUCGAGGGGUACCUCUCCCUGUUCGCCGGGCUCACCAACGGCUGCAACGAGUAUUAUGUGAAGAAGAUGAAGCCCACGGGGAAGAAGUACUGAAGCGAAAGGAGAUUCCUUCCUCCCGCGGAGCUGAGGGUGUGCCAGUUUUGCCCCUAAGGAGUCUUCCAGUCUUCUGGAUCCUACUGGAACCAAGCCUGCUUGAGCUUCAAAGUGCCACAUCCCUGUUUCCGACCUAACAAUCGAGAAAUGACCAAAUCCUUAAUGAGACCUUGUCCUCGGCCCUUUUCCCAGAAUCCUUUUCCCAAAAUGUUAGCGACCCCCAAACUAUUCCCAUUGCUGGUGCUGGCUUUUUUUUUUUCCCCGCAUGUUCUUAAUUGUGAAAUAAAACAUUUUUGUUUGUUUGUUUCCUA